AUGGCUCUCCUGCUCAUCCCCUGCUCCCGCGCCCACGCUCGAGCGGGGACCCCCUUGGCCCUCCUUCGGCGUGUCGGUCAAGCAUCCUUGGCUCGUUCGUCGAGGACGACGGGUCCGAGGUGCGUCCCGUCCAAGGGCAAUGGCGAGACCUGCUCCCGACAAGGUGGCCUCGAGGCUCAACAGCAUCGUCGGCCAGCCGUGACGCGGUAUUUGUUUUGGAACUCGAGACCAACCUGGCGGCGAGCGGCCAUCAACACCCUCCGCUGCCUCGUCGGCUGCACGGCCGGCGACUUUUCGGCCCUGUGGUUCCUCCAAACCUGCCACCCAGAGCUGGGUGUGGCACCCAUCAUGGCCAUCUCCAUGGCGAGCGGCUUGACCACGUCGAUGCUGCUCGAGACGGUGCUGCUCCGCCUCGGCCGGGACAAGCUCUCCUGGCCGACGGCGGCGAGGACGGCGGCGGGCAUGAGCCUCAUCUCCAUGCUCACCAUGGAGAUGGCGGAAAACGCCGUCGACUAUCACCUCACCGGUGGCCAGGUCGCCCUGGACGAGCCGGCCUUUUGGCUCGCCGCCACCGUCUCCCUGGCCGCCGGCUUCCUCGCCCCGCUGCCAUACAACUACGCACGACUGAGGAAGCACGGGAAAGGCUGCCACUGA